CGCCAUCUCGUGUUCCUUUGAGGAAUUUUAUUGCUUUUGUCAGUUCGCUUCCGUAAACAUGGCUGGAAACAAAGGUCAAAUGGUUAAUGUUAUAAAUGACUUUAAUUGAGUAUUGAGCCAUGGGACUGCACACAAUGUUCUGUAGAGGAGCUCGGGCGCUGACCAAAAUCAAAUUAAGCAUGUCGCCAUUCUGUGUUUUGAGCAGCGAGCCAUACCGAGUGAUUCACGACAGGAAACAACGUCGUUUCAUUAUCAGACUGGACGACGGAGGUAAAGUACAAAGCGCGGUGCUGAAGUACUCAUACAGGAGUGACGGACACCUACAUUUGUUAUCGACCCAAGUUCCGGAGUCUUUCAGAGGUAAAGGAGUAGCUGCGAGUCUGGCCAAGUGGCAAGGGGUGAUGUAUAUUAGGCAGCAACUGAACAGUCAUUUCUCAAAGUUGAUGUGUUGGAAGCAGGAAACAUGGGCAAGUGUAAGUGGGCAUAUCUCAAUCUGAUCGAGCAUCUUUGGGAUGUGCUGGACAAACAGGUCCAAUCCUUGGCCCCACCUCACAAUUUACAGGACUUAAAUGAUCUGCUGCUAACGUCUUGGUACCAGAUACUACAGCACACCUUCUUGUGGAGUCCAUGCCUCGACAGAUCAGAGUUGAUUUGGCAGCACAAGGGGGACACAAUGUUAGGCAGGUGGUUUUAAUAUUAUGGCUGAUCUGUGUAAUUGCACAGUCUACAUAUAGAUGAAAGGCAGCUUUCUUAUAUGAUAAUGAGAUAUGACUUUAACAAAUCAAUAUACAAAUACACAUAUUGCAGAUCACAUUUAAUUGUUACAUAACAAAGAGGAUAAAACACAUGGGAUCUCUUUAUUUAUACAUUUAGCAAUGCUUUUAUUAAUCAGUGUGUUUAGAGGUCCACAUCUAAAGAGGUCUGGGCUUAUGUGUCACACUGAAUCUUAUCAAAAUAAGUAGAAGUAGUCGAAAGCAUGUGUCUCAUCUCAGCUGCUACAUCCAAACUAGAUCACUUUUGAUUCGAUGCACACAAGGACACUGAACCCUGCAUCCCAUAAAUAAAUGCUGGCAAAUAGUAUAGACAGUUGAGUUCAUUGGUUUAGUGGGGGUUGUGUAUUGCAUUUCACAUAAUUUUUCCAUGAGCAAAAAGCCCAUUUACACCAGCAGCAACACAGCCUGUGAACGUUGGGGUGUAUUAAUGUCUGUGAUUUCUGGUUUUAAAAACCUUAUUCACCUGAUAAUAAAGAUUAAAAUCUGAAAUAAUCCUGGAUUGUUAUAAAGUUGUGUACAGACCUUAGCAGUUCUAUUAUUUUCUUGCAGCUGUAGUGAAGGCAUUAAACAGCAUUGUCAUAGAUUGUUGAAGGAGUAAAUUAAGUAUAUAAGUGACCUAUCCAUAUUUCAGACCUUUAGCCUUAACCAGGCGGCUUGUGUAAAAGGAAAAAACAUUCAAACCCAUGUGUUAAUUCUAUUAUUAUAGCACACAUUUAACAAAAUAUUUCUGGUAUCUGAUAAACAGACAGUUUUAUUUAUACAUUUCUCUUAAAUCAAAUUUUAUGUAUAGAUUUGCCAAAGCAAGUGUAAUGAGCCCUGAUGAUUUGGCUGCUAAAUUUAAAACAGGAUACUGUAGGAAAAACUUUGCAUUUUAAUAAAAUAAAUCAUCAACUAAAAUGAUAAUGUUCUCUAUAGUGAAAAUAAUAAUAAAUAAUGCUAAUGGAUUUUUCAGUGUUACCAUCUUUGGGUGAUAUAUAAUGUGUGU